AUGGCAGGCCUAGUACAAAAAAUCACAUCAAAUAGUGAGAUGAUAGCCAUUGCAGUGAUUGUAGCAUUUCCUGUGAUGUCCAUACUAAAUACAUAUGCAGGUGCAAUCAAGUCAUUGUGGUCGCUUUUGUUUGCCUUUUGCAGCUCUAAAUAUAGCAAGGCAAGAAAACAAGAAGACAAAUGCGUGGACACGGUCUGCGUAAUUUGUCUUGGCGACGUUUCUUUAGGCGAGCCACGGCGAUUUCUUCCUAUAUGUGGACAUGGAUUUCAUACUAAAUGCAUUGAGCCUUGGCUAAAGAUGAAUUCCAUUUGCCCUCUUUGCAGAAAUCCUGUGCCUACUACCAUUUCUGUGUGCUGUACCAGCAAUCGCUUUGUUUCGUCUUUGAUAUCUGCUCUGGAUAACAUCUGGACUUGGUUUCUAGAUCCGCUUAGCUCUGGGGUCAUAGCUUCUCUUUCCAAUGAGGAAUGCGAUUUUCUUUGA